CUUACUCCAUCAAUCCCUACUAUUUCUUAUUCCAAAUCUCAACUGUUGAUGAUGAUGAUGCCAUAUUUGUAGGAAUAUAAUGAAGUAUAUUACUGGCUAAUCAAUAAUUCCAAGAUACAAGUAAACAACUCUUCGUAAUGGGCGGCCACAUUGACUUAUACAUUGACCUCGCGUCGCUAUACAGUUAUAUCGCGCUCAUCCAAGUGCUCAAAACGCAAGAUAUUCUCAAGCAGCACUCUGUAGAAGUCGAGAUCCACCCGGUUCUCCUAGGUGCCAUCAACGCCGGCUCCGGCAACAAACCGCCCUGGGUCCUCCCCGCCAAAGCCAUCCACAGCGCCUACGACAGCUCGCGUUCCCUCCGCAGCGUCGGACUCGCCGACGUCUCUGCGCCAGGGGACCUGUUCGAAGCCGGGAAGACGCAGCUGCCCCUACGCGCACUCCACUACAUCAAGACGCACCACCCCACCCCGGUCUACUACCGCGCAUGGCGGCAGCUCUUCCACGUCUUCUGGACCGUGCACCGACCGCCUAACACGCCUGAGUUAUUGCGCGAGGCGUUAAGUGCGGAUGAUGGGAAGGGGGGAAAGCGGUUAUUCGCGGCUGCGGAGGUCGAUGCGAUUGUGGAUGCCGCUGGGCAGGUUGAGUAUAAGAAUGUGCUCCGGCAGACGACUGAGACGGCGUUGAAGCGCGGCGCGUUUGGGACCCCGUGGUUGUGGGUUACCAAUGCGGAAACGAAGGAGAGCGAGCCUUUCUUCGGUAGCGAUAGGUGGCACCACGUGUAUGAGUUUCUUGGGUUGCCGUACCAGGCGGUCGCGGUGUUGGCGCCCGGGGCGGAGAAGUCCAAGAUUUAGGUUUAUUAGGAAAUUUCGAUUCCUUUAUUUGUCCGGGAUGUGGUGUGAGGUACUCAAGCACAUGAUGGCAUCGCAAUCCUCAGUAUUUGUCCGGCAUUUGUAUUAAUCAAUAUAUAAAUAUAUAGGCUAGGUAUAUCGCGAUUCUUUAUCCAAAUUCUUUAACCAAACGAAGCAAAUGGGUAUGAUCUUUUG